UGAAGUUAGUUGGCAAACAGUUGUGUCAUGGCAUUGAGUGACACUUGAAACGAAGGAGAAAAAGAGAAAAACGAGUGAAUUCCUCUUUGGUAUCAUCGCCAUUGCUGUAUUUCUCCUUCGACUGAGAAUUCCUCCUCAUUCACAUCUAGACACAUUUGGUGUAUAGACAGAGGAUUUGAUGGCUGCCAUGCUGCAAUCUGUUAGAGUGGCAUCGGCCUCAUUUCACUUGCCGGAUCCCAGUAAAUUGCCGGUCUUCUCUGUUUGCACUCUCCCAGUUAUUAGAUCUGAGAGAAGCUCAAGUUUGGAUCCGAUUCAUGGAACUCGCAGGACACGAAAGGUCAUUACCAAAGCGGUCGCGGCACCGGCUGAAAAUUCUGCCACAGCUGCUUCAAAGCCAGGACAUGAACUGUUGCUAUUUGAAGCGCUAAGAGAAGGACUAGAAGAAGAAAUGGACAGAGAUCCUCGAGUUUGUGUCGUGGGUGAAGAUGUGGGCCACUAUGGAGGUUCAUACAAGGUCACCAAGGGCCUAGCUCAGAAGUUCGGGGAUCUACGGGUGCUUGAUACCCCCAUUGCUGAGAAUUCUUUUACAGGCAUGGCUAUUGGGGCAGCCAUGACGGGUCUAAGACCAGUUGUUGAAGGCAUGAACAUGGGAUUUCUUCUACUGGCAUUCAACCAAAUAUCUGACAACUGUGGUAUGUUACACUACACCUCAGGUGGCCAGUUCACAAUUCCAACAGUGAUCCGAGGACCAGGAGGAGUUGGACGCCAACUGGGGGCAGAGCAUUCACAGAGGCUUGAGUCCUAUUUUCAGUCAAUUCCUGGAAUACAGAUGGUUGCCUGUUCAACCCCAUACAACGCUAAGGGUCUUAUGAAAGCUGCCAUCCGCAGUGAGAACCCAGUGGUGCUUUUCGAGCACGUGCUUCUUUACAACCUCAAGGAGAGAAUUCCUGAUGAAGAAUAUGUAUUAUCACUGGAAGAGGCAGAGAUGGUGAGGCCUGGCGAGCAUGUUACAAUCUUAACAUAUUCUCGGAUGAGAUACCAUGUCAUGCAGGCUGCCAAGACCCUAGUCAACAAAGGUUAUGAUCCCGAAGUUAUUGACAUUCGGUCUUUGAAACCUUUUGAUCUUUACACCAUUGGGAAUUCUGUGAAGAAAACACACCGGGUGCUUAUCGUUGAGGAAUGCAUGCGAACAGGGGGUAUUGGGGCCAGCCUUACGGCAGCAAUAAAUGAGAAUUUCCAUGAUUAUUUGGACGCUCCAAUUGUUUGCCUCUCCUCACAGGAUGUGCCUACUCCUUAUGCUGGGACAUUGGAAGAAUGGACAGUUGUUCAACCUGCACAGAUUGUAGCUGCUGUUGAACAGCUCUGCCAAUAGCUUCCCAGCAGUAGUGGGAGAUCAAGGUCAAGGUCUAGUUUGAAUCCUCACUUCUUUCCUUUUUGCUACUGUUUCAGCCAUAUUGUUUUGUAUCAGAAUCAUGUUGUAUUUGUGCUUUUGAAUCUUCUUGGAUCUAUGGUUUUACCAAGUCAUUAUUAAUUGGAGAAUUGAGUUAGUUAAAA